GAUAGGCAGCGAAGAGAUCGCUGUAAUCGAACAGCAAAAAGCUAGAGCGAAUUUAGCAGUAGCUGCAAGGAGAAGCAAAAUUAGGGCGAAACUUUGGAGAUUCGCGCUCGAACAUUCAUCAAGGAAAAUUGUGCAGGUGGGAAGACAGUAACGCACGGGAGUUCGGUGGACUUAGACAAGAGAACGGUGGUACUCUUUAAAUCGACCGUAGGACGCUAAAUCACAAACAUGACCUCAAAGGUUCCAGCCAUUGGUAUCGAUCUUGGCACGACCUACUCCUGCGUGGGAGUGUUCCGCCAUGGCAAGGUUGAGAUUAUCGCGAACGACCAGGGUAACAGGACAACUCCGUCGUACGUCGCAUUUACGGAUACGGAAAGAUUGGUUGGCGAUGCUGCGAAAAACCAGGCCGCUCUCAACCCUACUAACACUGUGUUCGACGCUAAGCGCUUAAUCGGAAGACGGUUCGACGACCAGACUGUUCAGAACGAUAUGAAGUGUUGGUCAUUUAAAGUGAUCAACGAAAACGGCCGGCCGAAGAUUCAAGUGCAGUUCAAAAACGAGAAAAAGAAUUUCUACGCUGAAGAGAUCUCGUCGAUGGUAUUAAUCAAGAUGAAGGAAACCGCUGAGUCUUACCUCGGGGGUAAGGUAACCGAUGCCGUGAUCACGGUACCUGCGUACUUCAACGAUUCGCAACGACAGGCAACAAAAGAUGCUGGUACUAUUGCUGGGCUAAACGUGUUGCGUAUCAUCAAUGAGCCCACAGCUGCAGCCAUUGCAUAUGGCCUAGACAAGAAAGUGGCAGGAACCGCUAAAGGUGAAAAGAAUGUUCUGAUCUUCGACCUGGGCGGUGGUACCUUUGAUGUUUCAAUUCUCUCUAUUGAUGGUGGUGUUUUCGAGGUUAAAUCCACAGCCGGAGAUACUCAUCUCGGCGGCGAGGAUUUCGACAAUAGGAUGGUCAACCACUUUAUCGAAGAGUUCAAGCGGAAGAAUAAAAAGGACUUAACGACUAACAAACGCGCUCUUCGGCGUCUCUCGACAGCUUGCGAGCGGGCAAAGAGAACUCUCUCUUCAUCUACGCAAACUUCUAUCGAGAUUGACUCCCUGUUCGACGGCGUUGACUUUUAUUCGACAAUUACGCGAGCCCGUUUCGAAGAACUCUGCUCUGAUAUGUUCCGGUCGACUCUCGAGCCUGUUCAAAAGGCACUAAAAGACGCGAAGCUAGAAAAGAAUCAGGUACAUGAGGUUGUGUUGGUCGGAGGAUCGACACGUAUUCCCCGGAUCCAGAAGCUCCUUUCAGAUUUCUUCAACGGUAAAGAAUUGAAUCAGUCGAUUAACCCCGACGAAGCUGUUGCUUACGGUGCGGCGGUCCAGGCAGCCAUCCUAACAGGGGAUAAGUCACACGCCGUGCAGGACCUUUUGCUUCUUGACGUUACUCCACUUUCCCUUGGGCUCGAGACCGUAGGAGGUGUUAUGACGACCCUUAUUAACCGCAACACCACCAUACCUACUAGACAAAUGCAAACAUUCUCCACCAAUGUUGAUAACCAGCCAGCCGUUACUGUCCAGGUUUAUGAAGGCGAGCGGGCCAUGACCAAGGAUAACCAUCUGCUGGGCACAUUCGACCUGAAAGGAAUUCCUCCUGCUCCUCGGGGAGUGCCCCAGAUAGAGGUUACCUUCGAUAUUGACGCCAACGGUAUCCUGAACGUCUCAGCCGUCGACAAGUCCACCGGCCAGCAGAGUAAGAUUACCAUCACGAACGACAAGGGUCGUCUUGCGAAGGAAGAAAUCGAGCGAAUGGUUAAAGAUGCGGAGCAGUUCCGUCAAGACGAUGACAGGCAACGAGCUCGUAUUACAGCGAAAAAUAACGUUGAGAGCUACUGCUUCAGCGUGAAGUCUGCUCUUGAAGGCCCUGGCGGUGAAAAACUUUCACCAGAAGAGAAGAAACCAGCUCUCGAGAAAGUUCAAGAUAUUAUCAGCUGGCUUGACUCAGUUUCUAAACUAGCCGAAACGGACGAUUAUGAUAGACGCCGGAGAGACUUAGAGUCGGUUGCUAUGCCGUUGAUGAUCAAGAUUCAUCAGGCUGGAUCCCAACCACCUCAACAAGCUGCAGCAGCUGCGCCUGUUAAUGUGCCGCAGCCUAGCCCUGCUGCUGCUGCUGCAGAACCCCCAAGAAAGAACGCUUCGUCAUAGGGUUUUUUCAAUAAAAAAUUAUAUAUAUAUAUAUGA